CCUUCAUAUUACGUGUGUUUUGCUCAGAUAUGUUACAGAAAUGUUGAAGCUAAGCGCCUUUGGAUCGUUACCUUGAGUGGAAAACUUCAUUUUGUCAUUUUCAUUUUAACCAGGUUGUCAGGUUUCCUACAAUGGCUGGAACAACCUUUUGUGAGGCGUCUGAGCUUUACAACAUUCUCAACCAGUACACCCGGCUGUCCAGAUUGGCAGAGUUCAACUUCCUCUGUUUGAUUGAUGCCCGUGCUAAAGGACAGUACAAUGCCAGCCAUAUCAUUACUGCUAGAAAUGCAAAAUGGGACUCUAAAGGCAAACUCAUUAUGCCUGUAGGCGUGGAGGUGGAGAGUAUGAGGUAUAUUGUGGUUUAUGACAGCAGCACCAGUUCUUUACAAGGUUCAGCUGAGGCUAUUGAGUGCGCUGAGGCCCUGACAAAAUCAAGCCACUAUCCUGUCCAGAUUCUGAAAGGAGGCUAUCAGAGGUUCUCAGCCUUUUAUCCUUUCUUCAGGACACAGAAAAUCCUUUACACCAUAAAGGAAUUGGAGAGCUUGAGGCCUUAUCCAGUGGAGCUCUUGCCAGGUCAACUCUACAUGGGCAAUUACAAGCAGGCCAUCAAUCCCCAUGUCCUAAAAGAUCUGAAACUGAGCGCCCUUGUCAAUGUCUCCGAAGACAGUUGUCACAUGUUUGAAAAAGGAAACCACACCAUCCUUCACAUCAAUGUGUCAGAUUCAGUGGAGGCUGAUCUGUACUCCAGUUUUGAGAGGAUUUGUGUUUUUAUUGGUGAGCUGAAUGUGUUUUUUCCCACUUUUUUUAGAUUCAUGGAAUAA